GAUAUAACUUUUCCAACUAGAAAUAUCACUAAAAUGACAUUGCUAUAAAAUGUUGAAAUUGGAGUUAGUCAUUCUGUCAACUGAAAGGCUCAGAGACUGAAGUUGUGAACUUUAUAAAAGCAAAUGGAGUAACUAGAUUUUUAUUGUCUACCGUCGAUACAAUAAAUAGUUUAAAUGGCCUUAAUUAUUUGUUAUCUGUAAACUUUAAGCUUUAGCUCCGUUUAUAAUGCACUUCAAAAAUUUUAUAAUAGCCCAACAUUGCCAGAAAAUAAUUUAUAUUCAAAGAAGUGCGGUAAGUGAAAGUUGUGUGUUGCGCGCAUCAGAUUUUUUAAUAUAUUUUUCAUGUGUUUUGUAACCUUCCAUGAGUGUCACCUUCUACUGGAAUCCAUAAUUUCGUUCCCUAACUCAGCAUUUAUAUCUGUCCAUCGAAACUGGAUUCAAUUGAUUGGUGAUAUUCAUUGAUAGAAUUAGUGCUGAGUUUAGGAACUUGCCGUUAAUUGGGUGCACAAAUGUUUAAGGUAUCCACUAUACCUCUCCAGACUUAUUGAAAGAGGAAAAAAAAAAUUAAAUAUAAAAAUUUCAAUUUAAUGUUUCAAAUGGUGAACCUUGAUGUUAACAACUGAUUGUGUUAAGAUACAUAGAUAUCACUGAACAAAUACGUGAUGUUUGAAGAACCUUUCAACACCAUUGUGAGCUUAUGUACAUAAUCUUAUAGGUUAUGUAAGUAGGCCUUGGUACCUCACUGUAGUGAUUAUGUAAUUUCUGCUAUUUUUAAAGUUCAGACUAUAUGGAAAUUGUUAAAGUAAAAAUAUUAUUUUUUGCCAAGGCAUCAGAGCUAAGUGGAACUAAAGAAACACAUUUAUUGAUUCCAUCAACUAUUACUACAUUGCUUCUAAUUAACAAAGUUGUUGAUCAAUUUGGGCUUCAUAGUAUUUCUAACAACAUUCUCCUUUCUGUGAAUCAAGAAUAUAUUAAAAAAGAUGGUGAGAAAACACUAUGUUUGAGGGAAGGAGAUGAAAUUGCAGUCAUUCCACCAAUUAGUGGAGGUUGAAUGAAGUAUGAAUUUCAUAGAACUUGUUCACUGUAAAAUCGAUGUUGAGAAUGUUGUGGAAUUAGUUAAAACACCAGAAUGUGGAGCAGUGUCAAUUUUUUUGGGUAUAACUAGAAACAAUUUCAAUGGAAAAGAGGUUAAAUCAUUGAAGUAUGAGGCUUAUGAAAGCAUGGCAAUGAAAGUGAUUGCAACUAUUUGUGAUGAAAUUCGUUUAAAAUGGCCUGUUGUAGUUAAUAUUGCAAUAUAUCACAGAAUGGGUGAAGUGAAAAUAUCAGAAACAAGUGUUCUGAUUGCUAUCUCAUCUCCUCACCGUAAAGAAAGCCUUGAAGCUGUGUCUUAUGCUAUUGAUACCUUAAAGUCAUCUGUACCAAUAUGGAAAAAAGAAGAGUAUUGUGAUUCUACAGGUGUAUGGAAGGUUAAUAAGGAAUGUUCUUGGGCUGAAAAUUCAAACCCUAGUUGAAAAUGAUUGUUUAGUUAAUAUUCUUUUAUUCUCUUGUUUUAAUAUCAAAUGAAUAAUAUCAUCUUACUUAUUCUGAGUUUUGAAAGAAAUAGUUAAUUUAGCUGUCAGUUUAAUUGUUACAUUUUGUUUGUUAAAUAGUUCUCUUGGUAAAAAAAAAUUCUGAAUAAUAUUAGUUACCUAAUAAUGUUGGUUUCAACAUUUUUGCUAACUAAAUCAUGUUCUAAUAAUUGAAAAACGCUUUCAAUUAAUAAGCAUCAUUAUAACAUUAUUGUAAGGAAAUUAUAUUUAUGUUAUACAUUCAUUAUUUUUUAGUUUAUUAAUGUUGGGCUUUUAUUAUUGGUAUGAUAAUUUUGAUUAGAUUUAAAAAAUAUAAAUAUUUGUUGAUCAUAUCCCUGUAUUAUUAUUUUAUAACUUAAAUAUAUUAUUUUUAUUAUAAUAUUUUGUACAUUGAUGAAUAUUAAUAAAUAUUCUUCACUAAGUAAUUUAUCACUACAACAUUACCCAAUUGGGUACUUGCAAAAAAAAAAAAAAAAUUGAAUACAUUAGAGCUAAAUAGAAUUCAACUGAUAAAGAACAUCCAUAGAAUUGAUUUAGCACUUUCAUAAUACUAAAAAAAGGCUUAUAUUUAGCUACAAGCUUGAAAUAAAAGUGUGUCUCGGGGGUUGGGCCAGAAUCCAUUUUAGUGUGACUUAUACGGCUGCCAAACAUGAUGCUGUCAAAUUGUUUUUUUGCUUUACUUUAUAAACAUCCCUUUAUAAAAGCUAAUCAAUUAUAUUUUAAACUAAAUAAAGUGAAACUUCUCAGUUGUGAACAUAAAUAUGGAAUUAAAUUUUGUCCGCUAUAUAGAAAUGUACUUUUCUUUUUAUAUUUUUUAUGUUUAGUACCAUUUUAUUAUGUUUUUAUUUAAUAGAUUUUAGGCCAAAAGUCACCAAUAAAAUACGUUUUCACUGUAUUACUUUAUUUGCCAACGUUUCUUCUUUUUGAUCCAUUUCAUAUUUUUAAAAAAAAUAAAUUCUAUAUUUCGUCCAGGUGAUUCAUCAUUUAUUUUUAGGUAUUUUGUUGUGAUUUCUAGUUUAGAAUACAUUAAGUCUGAUGUUCCUUUACUAUAGGUUCACUCAAGACUGAUGAUCAUCUACCUAUGGUUCUUUAUGGAUGCGAAACGUGAAAGUUUACAUUAAGGGAUGAGCAAAUUCUUAAGAUUUUUGAAAAUAAAGUAUUGCGGAGUAUAUUCGGACCAAAGAAGGUUGUGUUAAUCAGAUAAUUUAAACUGUUAUACAAUGCUGAAUUGCGUGAACUGUAUUAGGUUAAUAUAAUUGAGGUAAUUACAUUGUGAUGUGAUCUGGUGGGGUUGGGUUUGGAUGGUGACCGGUGGAAGGAGGUGUCUAGACAGCGAUUGAUGGUGUCGGCAUCUAACCUUAGGUUAGCUAAGCCUUUUAUUAUUAUUUACGCAUGUUAUUCUGUCAUAUGUAUUUAAUUCGUCUUCAAUAUUUAAUUUUCCCAAAAAGGAAUAUUAUUCUGUUUUUUUAACUCAAUACUCGGAGUUUUGUUUCUUUACAUUAUUUGCUUACUUACCUCUGUACAUAUUUUUACACACAGUCUUGUUUUCUCUCCAUUAUUAUUUACCUUUUCAUCUAGUUUGAAAAAUCUAAUUUUUUCCAGUUGCAAAUUUUAUUUAUUUUGUUACUUACUCCCUGGCGCUUUAGUCCGCUAGGGACCUUGGCCUUCUCAACAAUACAUCGCCACUCGUCUCGGUCCAAUGGGGCAACCCUCCACCGCCUGACACUAAGCUGUCUCAAAUCCGCCUCAGCAUCCUUCAGCCAACGGAGUGGUGCCCUUCCUCUCCUUCUUGCUCCUCCAGGUGGCCCUUAUAUUUUUCUUGGUACUCGGUUCGCUACCAUCCUUUCCACAUGUCCUAACCAUGUUAUUCGCCCUGUCUUAAUGACACUAACGAGAUCUGCUUUCCUGUAAAGUUGUCACAACUCCCGAUUGUAUCUGGAUCUCCAAACGCCUUCUUCGCAUAAAGGCCCGUAAAUCCUCCUAAGAAUCUUACGCUCACACCCUCCAAGAGCCCUCUCAUGUUUUGCUGAGAUAACCCAUGUCUCUUUUGCGUAUGUGACUACCGGACGAAUCAUUGUUUUAUAAAUUGUCAAUCUGGCAUUCCUUGAUAGCCUUCGAAACCUAAGUAGUCACUGUAUGGCAUAAAAACAUCGGCUUCCCAUUGCAAUCCUGGCUCCUAUCUCAGCUCCCUCAUCAUUGUCUGCCGUCAUAAGGGAUCCCAGCUACUUGAACUCUCUGCAUACUGCAGGAACUCGUGUUGGCCUAUCAUCAUGUUACCUUUUAGAAAAUUAAAUUAGUGAAUAAUUUGAUAAAUUUUCUCUUUGCGGUAUUCUAACAGAAUCCACUUACAAUUAGUGUGACAACUGACAACCUGUCUUUGACAGACUAUGCAAAUCUCUUAAUUCCGUUUAAUAAAGUUUGCAAUGGAAAAUUACAGUUUAAUAACUAAUAGUCGUACAAUCCAUAAUCAACGGAUCGAACAAUCCAUAAUCAACGAAUCGUACAAUCCAUAAUCAACCGGUGAUAUAAUAAAUAGGAAUUUUUUUUAUUUUAAUAGUUUUAUGAUUUGUUAGCUGCAAUCUUUUAGCUUUAGCUCAGUAAAAAAUGCAAUUAAUAACAUUUUAUAAUAGCCCAACAUGGCCAGAAAACAAUUUCUAUUCAAAGUUGAACAAAGUGAAAAUUGUGUGUUGCGCGCACCAGAUUUUUUCUUUAAUACAUCUGUCGCAUAAAAUUUCGCUGGGAAUGACGGUAUACUGCAAACCUCCAUCGGGUCGGAAAAGGGGAGAUCAGAGAUAUGAAGGGCCUUUCGGAAUGACAGCACUGCGUGAACAUAAUGUAGUUUCUAUUCAGGAGUUAACAGGUGCUCAGAGAGUUCGCAAUAUUCACAUACGUUACCUUCGAAUCCCUUUCGAUCAUGAAAGAUCAGAAUUGUAAAAGAAUAAUUUGUUUAGUAUAAGUACUGUUGUCAUUUUUACUAAAAUUGUGAUAACAUAAUUGUAACGUACGGUAUUUGAUGUAUAAAUCAUGCUUUUGGUAUUGCUAUGUAUUGUAAAGACCGCUGGUGGAAUAAUUAUUUUAAAGGUAUAAAUAAAUAAACAUCAUAAGUGCUCACAUCUGGCGGUUGGGUACCUGAGGGAGGGUAACGACCUACGAGGGCAACCUUUUGUAAGUGGUAAUAAAAACUCUUAAGAACCAGCGACCAAGACCGACAACUGAGUAUUUAAACAGGAUCCCGAAAGACCUUUUCACACCUUCCACCAGAAAUACGUAAAUCUGUACCUGCUGCUUUACCUUGGCCUGGGGGAGAGGGCUUGGUCAUCCCUUAGGCUAGGAAUAUUCAGCCAAUCAGAGAAGACUACCAAAAGAGAGGGGGAUGAAGAAAGGUGGGAAAUACAGGACUAGGACUAAGACACUUCUCUUUGGGACUCAGCUAAGGAGACUUCAAGCGGGGAAGUCGAGGGAGGAAGACGAAGACAGCCGGAGAGAGCAGAUGGACGGACUAGACGCUGAAGGAGAACAGAGACAGGAAAUCCAGAUAUGACGGCUAGAAACACCUAGAAACACUAUGAAGGACCAGCUAAGUGGUAACAAGCAUUUAGUUAUACUAAUGUAAAUUUGUGUUGGCAACCAUACAUCAUUAAUUAAUAAAAUCAAUACAUCAAGCUUUCUCCUCUAGUAUGAUUCUCAACUAUAAUUAUGUAUAUAGGUUUGUUCAUUAUUUGUAUAUGUGGUUUGGUUAUUUAAAUUUGUAAAUAUAAUAGUUAGUAAACCAUCUUGAUGAUUUUACAUUCUACCUUGUAUGCCACCAAUUAGAUAAAGAACAAAUAGUAAAUUUAAAAACAUGAUACCUUUAGAAAGGAAAUCCAAUAAAAAUUGUAUGAUUCAAUCUAGGAUACUACAGUAGGGGGUCUGUGGUAUCUAACAUUUCAAUACAAAUAUAAGUAUUAAAUACAUUUUAAUACAAAUAAAUGCGAUUCCUGGAACCCCUUACUCGCCGUAGAAACGCGAGGCCAGGAACAUAGCAGUAUUAACGCUAAUACUAUCCCGCUCCGUACCUUAACUCCCCCCACCAGUUUACGGAUACUCUUCGUAAACUUAGUAAAAAAAUAAAAAGACAUAAAAUAAAAAUUAAAACACAUAUAUGUAAAAAACGACAAGGUCUUCUUGCCCACACUGUGACAAAGGUACGGAGUGUUCAGUACUUGCAACCUAAUCCAAUGAAACACAAACAAAAAUAUUCUUUAUAUAAUAUAAAUAAAAAAAAAAUAAAACACACUUUCCUCUUUACAUUUUUCUCACAAAUGAAAUCUCCAAAUGAAAGACGUAUUGCACUUCACUUGCACUUUCCUUUCGAUACUUACACAAAAUUAUGUAUGAACACUAUAUACAAAAACAACCAAAAAUAAAAUAAAAGAUAACCUCCAUACAUAACAUACAAAAACAACAAAAAUCUUCUUUCCGGAGACGAGGGCACUCCAGUUCUAAGGUUGCUCUGGCUCUGAAAUUGGGAAUUUUAACUGUUCUGUGUGAACCGUCCUUUUUUUUUAGUUCUUUGACACUCUCAAUCGUCACCACAUUAUGCUCCCUAAUGAUUAUCACCCUGAAUGGACCCUCAUAUCUCCGCACUUCCUUUCCCCUAUUCGAGCCUAAUCUGCGAUACACAAUGACCUGAUUUUCAACCCCCCUGUUACCUCCUUUACUUUGAGAUUUUCCCGCGCCACUCUUUUGCGCUUUUCUCCCUCUAUUUUUUCCUUAACCUUCCCCCAGAGAUUGCCCAAUUCCAUUUUAUUAUUAAUCAAUAUUCCCGUCAUUUCCUCAUCUGCAGCUGUGCCUCUACAGUCCCGUUGCCGCCCGCGUAAUCCGAAGAGAAUUUGGAAUGGAGAGAACCCUGUUGCCGUAUGUAUGGAAUGGUUGUACGCUGCCACCGCCUUCCGCAUUGCCAUAUCCGGUUCCAACCCUUUCUCCACCUGAUAUACCCUUAGAUGGUCACUGAGAGUACUGUGCAGUCUCUCUAUACUCCCCCUGCUCUUGGGGUGCCCUGGAGUAUUAAGAUGCCACUUGAUACCAACGUUCUUCAUUUCAGCUCUGAUCUUGGCAUUGUCGAACUCUCUGCCCCCGUCGGAUGUUAUGCGGUCGGGUACUCCGUAAAACUGGAACCACGUCUGGAGGGCUCCUAAGACUGCCUCUGCUAAUCGCUC